AUGGCCGCGGACUGUCAGCCGUGAUCAUUCUCACUGUCUUGUUAUUUUCUGAUGAUAUUAAUAUUUAACAGUUGCUGGAAGAAAUGGGCCUGUCUCAGAGUUCAGAUGUGUCCGAAGGAGGAACGUAUGGAUACCACGUGCACGGCGUGCAGCCCAACUCUCCUGCAGAACAAGCCGGACUGCAGCCCUUCUUUGACUUCAUUCUGUCACUGGACAACAGAAGACUUAAUGAGGAGAAUGACCUCCUGAAAGAGCUUCUGAAGGCCAACAUGGAGAGGGCAGUGAGGAUGGAGGUGUACAGCACAAAAACCACAAGGGUUCGGGAGUUGGAGGUGGUGCCCAGUAGUAUGUGGGGUGGACAGGGUCUACUGGGGGCCAGUGUUCGCUUCUGCAGCUACCAAGGAGCCAAUGAGAAUGUCUGGCACGUCCUGGAUGUGGAGCCCAGUUCUCCUGCUUCUCUGGCCGGACUUCAGCCUCACAGUGACUAUAUCGUCGGUGCAGAUCAGGUGUUGCAAGAUUCUGAAGACUUCUUCUCAUUGAUCGAGGCCCAUGAAGGGAAGGCCCUGAAGCUGCUGGUGUAUAACAUACAAACAGACUCAUGCAGAGAGGUGGUGGUCACGCCAAAUGGAGCGUGGGGCGGAGAGGGCAGUUUGGGUUGUGGGAUCGGUUAUGGCUACCUGCACCGAAUCCCGAUUCAGCCUGAUGUGAUUCCACCAAAGCCUCCCACACCUGUUCCUGCAGAGAUCCCCCCUCCAGAGCUGCUCACUCAUGGAUUCACAGAGGCACCGCUGAUGGCACCUUCAAGUCAAAGUGAUGAUGUCUUAGACCUGGAGCAGGUCACCCUCCAGGAAGCUCCUCUACCUCCACCCAUCCAGAGAGUCAUGGACCCUGGUUUCUCUGAUCGCGAUGUGGUCGUGAUGAACCCUGACCCCGUGGAUUUAAUGGAUAGACUGGAUCUGUCCAUGUCCUCCAUCGACAUGACCAACACUUCACUGGCCAUGCACGAAGAGAAGGACAGUGAUCUGUCUGGUGUGGAGGAGCUGGACAACAGUGUACAAAUCUCAUCGCCAGCAGAAAACCAGACCGAGGCCCCGGAUCUAGACUCCCGGGCAGCAAUGGACGUCUCCUCUGCGCUCGCUUUCACCGACUCAGGCAUCCCGUCAGCGGAGCCGUCUGUCCUGCUCUCCGAGUCCACAGACCUACCAGAGUCCAGCGAAAUCCCACCUACGGAAGAGUCGUCUCUUCCAGUAGAAUCUCCAGACCCUGGCGUUGUGACCCCUGUUCAGACCGAAGAUCCGCCCCCUCUGACUCCGGUCGAUCUCAUCCCGUCUCCCGCCGGUGAUCAGUCCGUGGCUGAUGACUCUGCUGCUCAGGCUGUGGUAGAUGCAGAGGAACCUCACAUUUCCAGCCUGGUAGAAGAGUCUGCAGAGCCUCUACACAUGGCUCCUUCACACUUCUGUGAGCAGGAACACCAUGACGAUGAAGAGGAGGACGAGGAGGAGCACCUGGAGUAAGCUGAUGUCAAACCAUACGGGAAGUAACACAAGUGACACCGACAAUCACUGGAGAUUUUUAAAGAAACACUAUAAAGCAGGGGUGUCAAACAUAAGGCCCAUGGGCUAAAACUGGCCACUAAAUGGACCACUCUGGCCCACAGGAUGAAUUUACAAAGAGCAAAAAUUGCAAUGAAAAUUACAAUGAAAAUAUAAAUAAUCAAUGGUGUUCAGGGGCCGCAUACACAGGG